UGUAUACUUGUCCCCAGCUCUGCCCGGACUGAGCAAAGUUUUCUUCAAUUGCAGCCAGAGCUGUGCGGACGCCAGCGGAGCAGCAGGAUGAACACAGGCUCCGACGCCGUGGUCAUCGUCUCGGCAGCCCGGACCGCCAUAGGCUCUUUCAAUGGUGCCCUGUCUACUGUGCCUGUCCACGACCUGGGGACAACUGUCAUCAAAGAAGUUCUGCAGAGGGCCAAGGUGGCUCCAGAAGAGGUGUCCGAGGUCAUAUUUGGGCACGUUUUGGCGGCAGGUUGUGGGCAGAAUCCCACUCGACAAGCCAGUGUGGGUGCAGGAAUCCCCUACUCGGUUCCAGCAUGGAGCUGCCAGAUGAUCUGUGGCUCAGGCCUGAAAGCCGUGUGCCUUGCAGCCCAGUCCAUAGCCAUAGGUGACUCCAGCAUUGUGGUUGCAGGAGGCAUGGAGAACAUGAGCAAGGCCCCUCACUUGGCUCACCUGAGAGCAGGAGUCAAGAUGGGUGAGAUGCCGCUGGCUGACAGCAUCCUCUGUGAUGGCCUUACAGAUGCGUUUCACAACUAUCACAUGGGCAUCACAGCUGAAAAUGUAGCCAAAAAAUGGCAAGUGAGCAGAGAAGCCCAGGACAAGGUUGCAGUUCUGUCCCAGAACAGGGCGGAGCAUGCACAGAAAGCUGGCCACUUUGACAAGGAGAUCGUGCCAGUGCUGGUGUCUUCCAGGAAAGGUUCUACCGAAGUAAAAAUUGAUGAGUUUCCUCGCCAUGGGAGUAACAUGGAAGCCAUGGGCAAGCUGAAACCUUACUUCCUUUCUGAUGGGACGGGAACAGUCACAUCUGCCAAUGCAACAGGGAUGAAUGACGGUGCCGCGGCUGUGGUUCUUAUGAAGAAGACAGAAGCUGAGAGUCGAAGGCUGAGACCUUUAGCAAGAAUAGUUUCCUGGUCACAAGCUGGCGUGGAGCCUUGCAUUAUGGGAGUAGGACCAAUUCCAGCCAUAAAGCAAGCUGUUGCAAAAGCAGGCUGGACCCUGGAAGAUGUUGAUGUGUUUGAAAUCAAUGAAGCCUAUGCGGCUCUUUCUGUUGCAAUAGCUAAAGAACUCGGACUAAACCCCGAGAAGGUCAACAUCGAUGGAGGAGCCAUCGCCUUGGGCCAUCCUCUGGGAGCCUCUGGCUGUAGGAUUCUAGUGACCUUGUUACACAGCCUUGAGAGAAUGGGCGGGACUCGUGGUGUGGCAGCCCUGUGCAUUGGGGGUGGGAUGGGGAUAGCAAUGUGUGUUCAGAGAGGAUGACCUGCUUGACAGCCACCACCCAUGAACACUUCUUGCUAAAUCAGUGAAACACUAUAGUAUGUGAAAUCAGAGGACCAAAGUGAGGACAGGAAGCCAGGUGGUCAGCUUGCUGUACUUUAAUGAGACACCCAAGGCUAAGACAUUGCGUCUGACACUGCUAUAAAUAAAAGGGAAAUCCAAUCAAUCAGC